AUGUCUCGAACUUCUCGCAACAAAAAUUUGUUGCUAUCCACACCAUACGUGUUUCAACGUCAGUUAUCCGAUUUCUUGUGCUUGGAAACCAGACUAAACCUCCGCAAAUGUUCAAAACGAUGUCAACUACUCAUCGAUAGCCUGCCAUUGACCUUGAAAACUUUUCAUAUUUAUACAACGGACGGCGUGGUGACUUUAAAAUACUCAGAACCUAAGACAGAAACAUAUCAUGGAAUAGAAUACAGAAUGGAUCUUCUCACCGACGCUUUUAGUCAUAUUUUCUUAGGGAAUACAGAGUGUGUGACGAGAGGUUGUAUGGCGACAAAAGUGGUCGAAGACAUUGAAAUAAUUUUGUCGAAUCCAGAGUUGAAGAUAGAAAAUCUGUGUCUGACAAUUAAUCCGGAACACAUCAAAUCGUUCCAAGCCCUGUUUUUGCAACGAAUGGAAUUAAUGAUUUCCUCGCUUCCACAUCAAAUCAAUGCCCAGAAAAUCUAUCUCAGAGGUCCCGUCUUUCGAAAGGAUUAUCAUUUAUUAUUGUCACGUUUGAAUGCUGAAAAGCUACAAUUGGUAAAUCUGACCUGUGAAAUGAGCAAUGAUUCACUCCACAGGAUCUCCCGACUAGAGCAAAUCAAAAAAGUUCCAGAGAUUUUUAUUUUGAAUAGUUUUAAUAGAUUCCCAUUCAAUUUAUUGUCAAACACUUCAAGACUUGACAUUUCCGUAAGGGAUAUUUCACAAUCUGAAUUCAAUCUAAUUCUCGAGUAUUAUCUACAACAAACCAAUUUCAAGAUGGCGCACAUUACUGUCGAUAAAAAUAAAUUGGAACCUUGGGUAACCGAGUUUCUUUUGCAAAAUGACGCUUUGGAAAAGGAUGAUGGAAUGAUAGUAUCAGUGGAGGGACCGAAAUUCAAGAACACUGUGGAAAUCAGUAAUCAUUUUGUUGUAAUCAAGAGAUCUAUUUGA